AUGAAGAUUACGUACGCUAUUGCAAUCUUGUUUGCCCUAGGGUUAACGAAUGUUGUUGCCCGGCCCAUCUCUGAUCAACCGGAUGCGGCAAUUCCUAAUCUCGUUAACAGCAAUCAAACAAUUGCAAUAGAAUCACAACCUCUAGAGCCCGAUGUCGAGGCUUUGAACAAUUUUCUUGGAGACGGCAUGAACUCCAUCAAGAAUGCCAACGCCGACCCAAAGACCCGGAUCUACCCCAAGAGAUCUGAUCGUGAUGCGCCAUAUUCGAUGUCGGAGAAAGAACUCAGAAGCAAAAUUUAUUUCCCCGCAACGUUCUCCGCGUCAUCAAAUAAACAACCAGUUAUCCUUAUACCUGGUACUGCUGCAAUGGCAGGAUCGACAUACCGCGCGAACCUGGGCCCUCUUCUCGCCAAAUCCGACUUUGCUGAUCCUCUGUGGGUCAAUAUCCCAGACGCAUCACUCGGCGAUGCCCAAGAAAACUCAGAAUACGUCGCAUACGCCAUAAACUACGUCCAAACUUCAACAGGCAAGAAGCCAGCUGUUGUGGCUUGGAGCCAGGGAAACUUGAACGUGCAGUGGGCGCUCAAGUACUGGCCAAGCACCAGGGACGCGGUCACAGACUUAGUGGCAAUGAGCCCCGACUUUCACGGAACGACGGAGGCAUUUCUUGCUUGCAAGACGCCUGCGGUCAUCAUCGGCUGCACGCCAAGCGUCUAUCAACAGAUGUACGACUCUCAGUUCGUGCGCACUCUGCGUGCGAUGGGAGGCGAUAGCGCCUACGUAUUCAGUGCAACGGACGAAGUUGUGCAGCCCCAAUCUGGUCCUGGAGCUUCGGCCUUUCUCAAAGACGAGCACGGGGUUGAAGUGUCAAACAUUGAGGUACAGAGAGCCUGUCCCGGAACACCAGCUGGGGGGGCGGUCACCCAUGAAGGCAUGCUGUACAACUCAUUGGCAUUUGCCCUCUUGAAAGACGCUCUUGAGAACGAAGGACCUGGAAAGAUGGAAAGAAUUAACAAGAAGGUCUGUGGGGAUCCAGCUGCCGGUAAGCUGGACAUGAUUGAGAUACAGGCGACAGAGGCUAUUUUAGGAGACGCCGCGAAGAACGUCUUGAUGUACCCCAAUAAGGUCACACGUGAGCCUGCCAUUAAGGACUAUGCCAGACACUAG